AUGGCUUCUUCCGCCUUUCCACAGGCCACUUUUAUCGAUUUUAUGGGAGCAACCGGCGAAGUACCACAGGAUUUUCUCAGCGGCAGUAUCGCCUCGAUGUCAUCCAGUAGCAAAACGGGCGGCUCUCGGAUGCAGGACGUCGAUUUGCACACGGAUUUCGACACGCUCGAGGAGCCCAUCAGGGAUACUGUCAGGCGUGACGUGCGUACGGUGGGUGCGAAGUUCCAGCACGUGCUCUUCCCUGGGUCAUCGGAUCGGAAGAGGCUUCUCAAGGAAUGGGAUCUCUGGGGGCCGCUCUUCAUUUGCGUCUUUUUGUCACUCCUUCUGCACAGCCAGGGCGGUGACGCGGCCCCGCAAUUCACGCAGGUGUUCUCCCUGACGUUCUUCGGCUCGAUCGUCGUCACGUUGAACAUCAAACUGUUGGGAGGAGAAAUUUCGUUCUUCCAAUCUCUGUGCGUGAUCGGCUACUGUCUGCUUCCCCCUACAAUAUCCGCCCUUCUGUGCUCGGUUCUCCUCUCUGGCCGUCUCUUCUUUCUUCGUCUCGGUCUCACCGCUCUCGGCUUCUCCUGGGCCACUUAUGCGGCGAUGGGCUUCCUGGCCGAGAUGCAGCCGCCGAAGAAGCGUCUUCUCGUCAUCUACCCAAUAUUUCUCUUCUAUUUCAUUGUCUCAUGGCUUAUCGUUUCUCAUACA